AUGCAGACCAUGUGGGCAAUGUUGAUCUGCCUGGCUGGAGGGCAGUUUGCAACUGCCACACUCUGCAGAACCUAUGGCACCAUCCCAGGCAUCCCAGGGUCACCAGGACAGCCUGGCAGCAAUGGCAGAGAUGGUGCGAAUGGCCUAAAGGGAGAGCAAGGUCCCCCUGGCCAAGUGGAGCACGAAGGAGACAUGGGGGAGAAGGGAGACCCAGGAGAACCAGGGCACCCUGGGAAGAUCGGCCCCAAGGGCCCUGCGGGUUCAAAGGGGUUACCAGGUCCCAUGGGACCCCCUGGCCCUCCAGGGGACUCUGGUGACUACAAGGCCACCCUCAAGUCUGCAUUCUCUGCUGCCAGGACCCUCAGCUCCUACCCACGCCGGGAGCAGCCCAUCCGCUUCGACCGCAUCAUCACCAACGAGAAGGGCCACUAUGAGAACCGGUAUGGCCGCUUCACCUGCCGGGUCCCAGGCAUCUACUACUUCACCUACCAUGUCACCUCCAGGGGCAACCUGUGCCUCAAUGUGAAAAAGGGCCGGGGUGGUAGCCGGGGUGAGAAGGUGGUGACCUUCUGUGACUACGUGCAUAGCAGCUACCAGGUCACCACAGGUGGUGUGGUCCUCAAGGUGUCAGCAAACGAGUCCGUCUGGCUGGAGCCAACUGAGAAGAAUUCCCUGGUGGGGAUCGAAGGGUCCGACAGCAUCUUCUCCGGCUUCCUCAUCUUCCCUGAGCCUUAG